AUGGCGCCUCAAAUUGUUCUAAUUACCGGUUGCUCAACGGGAAUCGGGCUCGCCACUGCCACUCGUCUCGCUCUCGACAACGAUCAGCGAUACAUCGUCAUCGCAACGGUAAUGUCGAUGUCGGAAAAGGCGGAGCUGAUGACUGCCGUGGGUGACGCCCUGGAUAAGACAGUUUUUAUCAAAGUUUUGGACGUGACGGAUGACGAUAAUAUAUCUUACGUGGUGGACAAUGUCAUUAACUCUCAUGGGCGUAUCGAUGUUUUGAUUAACAAUGCAGGGGUCAUAGCCGUCGGGAUUCCCGAGCAGAUCACGCGGGAGAAGAUCGACCAUUUGUUCAGUGUGAAUGUGAUCGGGAAUAUGAGACUUACGCAAGCUGUCCUGCCUCACAUGAAAGAGAGAAGAGCUGGGAAGAUCGUUUCGAUGUCAAGUGGUUUAGGAAGGCUAGGUCGACCAUAUUAUGAUUUUUAUUGUUCAACAAAGUUCGCGAUUGAAGGCUUUUUCGAAUCCCUGGCUGCCGGCCUGAGGCCAUACAACAUUCGAGUUUGUUUAGUAGAGUUUGGUCGGGUUGGUACAAGAAUGGAUGACAUAGUUUGUGCCAGCGUUGAUGCAUUGUUAGGCGACGACGAGAUCGAUGACUUGGACCGUGAGCAUCUAGGCCAUAUUCAACGGUCCAUCCGGAUAUCAAAGGCGACCGACGCUGAGAAGAUAGCCAAGGAGAUACAGGACCGGUGCCUAGACCAGGAAAAGCCCGUACUUCGACAUUUCCUGAAGGAUGAGCAAGUACGGCAAACCAUGAUAAAGGAUUUGAGUGAUACGUCCGGGGAACGUUCUAUCGCAGGAAACCUAGAACGCAUAGGAUAUUCAUCUCCUGACAUUAUUAUGUCAUUGCAUUAAUAAUUGUAAUAUUAUCAAAAUAGAUAUCAAUUAAUAGAAUUAAUUGGCGCCUUCAUUCCAAAGGUUGUGCUCCGAGAUAGGGGCCAUCGCAGCCAAAGUGAUUCAGACAAGAAAAGAAAAAAAUGGAGAGAACAGAAAUUGUUUAAAAUGAGUCAAAACGUCAUGCAACUGCACAAUAAAUGCAUUUUAUAUUUUGAAAAUUUACUUUAAUAAUAUGUUCAUAUAAUAUCAAAAUACGAGGGAAACUAUACAUUUAAUUUUUAUAUGCUGUGGAGUUAAGGGCAUGUGAACGAGAUUUGAAGAGGGGGUGCCGGAUUUGAAAACAAAUGUUUACAAGCCCCAAAAUAAUUAUUUCCACUACAACAAGAGGUGAUAUUGGUAAAAACAACCGACAAGCAGGAAAAAGGGGUUUGCUCCAAAAUGAAGGUAAUUUGGGUCAAAUUUAUACCUUUAGGCAUACCAACCUGGUGGGUGUUUCAUAAAGCUGUUCGUAAGUUAAAAGCAACUUUAAUAUCGACUGAUGAAUCUUUCUUCCACCCUAGAUAAUCACCAAUGAACAUUUAAUGGGGAAUAUCAUUUACCACAAGAAAGGAUCACCAGUCGUACUUAAAGUCACUCUUAACACACGAACAGCAUUAUGAAACCGUCCUCAGGUGACCAGGGGGUUCUGCCUAUGUUGUAUAACAUUCACAGCACCCCUCGAAUAGUCCAACCAAUUCAUCAGAAAUUUUACGAAUUGUAAAAAAUAUGAAAGCCAAGCGAAGUAUGGGACAUGAUGAAGUUAGUAAUUUCUUGCUGAAACAUAUCAUAAAUUAAAUUACUGAACCUCUAGAGCACAUUUUCAAUUUAUCUAUAAGUGAAUGUGUUGUACCGGAUGCAAUGAAAAUCGCUUAAAUUAUUCCGAUAUUGAAGAAAGGUGAUCCUUUAGACUCCAAUAAUUAUAGGCCAAUAUCACUGCUAUCGUCAAUUCCCAAAGUGUUAGAAAAACUUAUUUUUGAUCGUAAUAUGUCGUUCUUUGUAAGUAAUAAUGUUUUCGCAGAUUCGCAAUUUGGUUUCAGACAAACACAUUCCACGAUACAUGCAAUUUUACAAUUCGUUAAUCAUGUUGCUUCUGCUAACGAUGAUCAUUGUCAUAUACUUGGAAUAUUUUUGGACCUCUCCAAGGCCUUCGAUACCAUUGACCAUCAAAUAUUACUGUAUUAACUUUUUCACUACGGUAUUCGUGGGAUGGCCUUGGAGUGGUUUAGAAGCUAUCUCAUAGGAAGGUCUCAAUUCGUUUCUAUUAAGGGUGUUAAUUCGUCUUUUAAACAGCUACCUUGUGGUGUCCCCCAGGGAUCUCUCAUUGGAUCUUUACUUUUUAUUUUGUAUAUGAAUGACUUUCAAAACUCUUCUCGGGUCCUGUCAUUUACUCUAUUCGCUGAUGAUUAUUCUGUUUUCUUUUCCCAUAAAAAUCCAAAAAUCCUACUAGAAACAGUUAAUAUUGAACUCAGACUUGUUGCAGAAUGGAUAUGCGCUAAUAAACUUUCCCUUAACAUAAAUAAAACUCAAGGUAUGUUUUUCAGAAUUCUAUUUCACAGUAACCCGGUAAUGUUUACAUUAAAGGGGAAUAAAACCUUACGAACAAGUAGGCUUGUGUCAAAACAGAAAAAUCAAAGAAUAAGAACAAAGAAAGUUUGAGAAAAAUCGGACAAAUAAUGAGAAAGUUAUGAGCUUUUGAAUAUUGCAAUCUCUAAUGCUAUGGAGAUCCUUUCAUUGGCAACGCGACAAGGAUGCGUGAUGUCACACAUGAACAACUUUCCCUUUGAUGGACUAUGAAAUACCCUGAAAAUGUGUCUUUUUGCUUUUUCGUAUGGUGAUACAAACUCUUUAUCCAUGAUGUAUUCUUUAAAAAUCUGUAUUACAUGCCCUCCUAUAGAAAGAAUACAUGUUCUACUGAUAGAUGUAAUAAAAGAGGCAAUUUAAGUGAAAUAUAUAGUAAAGUAAUGGGGAGAGUUGUUCUAGAGUGACAUCACACAUCUUUGUCGCAUUGCCAAUAUGAGGAUCUCCAUAGCAUUAGUGAUCGCAAUAUUCAAAAGCUCAUAACUUUCUCAUUAUUUGUCCGAUUUUUCUCAAACUUUCGUUGAUCUGUUUCUUUGGUUUUUUCUGUUUUCACACAAGCUGUCUUGGUCCAAAGGUUUCAUUCUCCUUUAAUAAUACUGUUGUAAAUAUAGUUGAUUCGUUAAAAUUUCUUGGUCUUAUUAUUGACAAUAAACUUUCUUGGAAAGAGCAUGAUUUGAAUUUAAGUAAAUUGCUUGCGAGGGAUGUUGGGUUAAUCAAUAAACUAAAAUCGUCAUUUCCUAUGCAUAUUUUAAAUGGUUUGUACUCAACACUUAUCCUACCUUAUCUGAACUACGGUAUACUUGCAUGGGGGUAAUUCGUUUAAUUACCAACUGGAUAAAUUGUUAAUUCUUCAAAAACGGGUAUUGCGAAUAAUUUGCCAUUCUGACAGGUUAAGUCACACAAAUAUUUUAUUUUUCAACAAUAAAAUAUUAAAGGUGCAUGAUUUAUAUAAUUUUUUUUUAACGGUGUUUUAUGUUUAAAUUGAACUCAAAUGCUCUUCCUCAUGCUUUUACAUCACUAUUCCAAAAGAAUCAACAUUUGCAUACUUAUCCUACCCGACAGUCGUCAUUCUUUCACUUGCAUAGGUUGAGAACAGUACUUAGGAAAAGGACGACAGUAUAUACUGGUUCAGUUUAUUGGAAUUCCUUGGAUAUGACACUUAAGCAACUACAAAAUUAUUAUAUUUUCAAACAUCACUUGAAAGCAUAGCUUCUUCUUCGAUAUAAUGAAACAAACUGAAAUUGCUCUUUAUUGGCAUGCUCUAUUGUAUUUUUGUCCACAGAGCUUAUUAUCCAGAAGUUUCUUAAAUUCUGUUGGAUGGCAGCUGCUUGCUUUAUUUCUUUUGUUCUUUUAUUUCUUCGUUUCUUUUUUUCUUUGUUUUUUGUCACGUUUCUGUGUUGUGUUGUUUUUGUCGGUGUAAUUUGAUUGAUAAAAUGUUGUCACGUUUAUUAUUAAGUAGUUAUAUCAAAAGUGAUGUAUAAAAAAAGGGAACCUUAUCUACAAGCAUUCUGCUUCUAAGGUUUCCUCCACUUUUCCGUUGUAUGUACUUAAACAUGUAUUAAUAUGUAUUGAUUAAGAAUGCUUGCUAUUUAUACUUAUAUAGUCUACGUGUGUAAUGGUUGCUCAGCUUAGUUAUGUAAGUUAUCAAAGUUUUGUAACAUAACGGAUUUGUGGAAAUAAAACCU